GUCUGUGACGUCACAAUGAGAAGGGCGUACUACGGGAAUAUAGAAUGUUCAGUUUCAGGAAUGUUUAGGAUUAGCUGCUCGAGAAUAACAAUCGACUUUUAUUGUGACAACAGUUUGCUCUUACCUCAGUGAAGAAGACAAUUUCACACUUGAAAUGGAUCUCUACAGCUGCCCAGUUUUUAACUCUAGAAUCAUGAAUGCUGACUUGUACAGUGUUUUGACAUCAGAGUCAGUUCGCACCAGAGAAGACAAGACUGGUGUUUUGCUGCACUUGAGUACACCACGCUUGAUAAUUGAUCAGCACAACCCCUGCCUGAAAAGUGUUGCACGUAUCUGUGCUGCAGGUGGCUACAUUGUGCACGACACAGGUGAUACGAUUCUGGCUGAAUGGGUGGUGGAGAACGUGCAGCUGAGUGACACCAUAUCUCAGGUUGUCCAAUGCGCUUUCCAAAUUCUGGAUAAGUGCGACAAGCAAAGGAGAAAACAUCUCAAAAUAGUAAUAUCGUCUGGGAGAUUCUCCAGAGCGAGAGUAGGAGUUGGCGCUCGUCAGCUCUUCGUCGUGUUUGGCACGGCCGUGGACGAGAUGCGAUCAGCGAUGGCGCUAGCGGAGCCUGGCUACGUCAUGCUCUCUCCUGAAGCAUGGCGGCUCUGCCGCAAAAACGACUUACCCGUCAAGUGGACUGAAAACGAACAAGUGGUCAAGGUGCUCUGUGUCAGGAAAAGACAGAGCGUGUCAAUGGAAGACCUGGACAAUUACAAAAUCCCUGCGAGGAGCUCCCCAAGAAGAGCGUACCUACUAUCAACAGAUGACAGACAAAAAUACAUGCACAGAUUCAUGAUCGAAACAGCCCUGGAAAGGAUGCGCACAACAGUGCGAAUGCAGCGGCUGAAGGAGGCAUGGCCCGUCACCAUCUUGUUUGUGAAUGUGCAGUACGCGCAAACUCCGACGGAUGUCCGACGCAGCUGUAACCGAGUCAGCAACAUUAUUGCCAAGCAGAUGUUCAGCUGCUGUGGGGAGAUCUGCAAUGCCUUCUUUUUUGAAGAGGGCUGUGUAUUUCCGUGCGCCGUCGGUUUACCUGGGAAAAGGAGACAGGAUAAGACUGCUCAGGCGAUGCAGGCUGCCUACUGUAUACAAGAGACAUGCAGCCGAGAAAUCGACAACAUUUUGAUGGUCUCUGUAGGGUUAAGUACAGGAAGAGUUUUCUACACUCUGCAGCGCCGUCCUGAGAGAAACGAAUACACAGUGUACGGACGUACAGUACACGUGGCAUCGGCUUUGGUGAAGGAGCACCUGGGGAUGGUGUCGUGUGAUGUGGCGACCAGCCUUUACUCCAUGCUGCCUCUUUUGCCCUCGAUGUUUCAUGAGACGAAAGAUCAUCUUGAACAAGUGCACAAACGGGACGAGAUUUAUGAGAUGCUUGGUGAUGAAGCUGCAAUGUCCAGGGGGAUGUUCGGAAUGAGACUGGCUCUAGCUCACAUGCAGACAAUGCAGUAUGUUGAGCGUCAGGUGGUGGACUACGCCUCCGUUAUUGGCCACACCUUCACCGUCGAGAUGCUGCAGAAGUUCCUGCCUGAUAUACGUGACCGGGCUCUCACGACCGCCCUUAGAUCGCUGUUUAGAGUGGGCAUCUUCAAGUGUGCCUCCGAGCCUAGGGACGUCUCAGUGACCAAGACCUGUUACUGCGAGAACAAACCCCAAGAGUUCAUGCAGAUCUCAGAGGAGCCUUUGUGGACGUGUCAGCUGAUGAGUUUCUGCAACGCUGAGGAAAUGGAGGCAGUGCAUAACCUGGUACAAAAGAAUAGGUUUCUGUUCAAGGAGCAGCAUGUCAUGUGUGCCAGGUACCUAGAGGAAAAGGCGUACCGCUGCAGCAAAUGCAACGCUGACAAGUUCAUAUUCGGACCAAAAGAAGCCGCAGGAGACAUCGACGAGCAUCUCCUGGAGAUCUACAAGACAAUACGGCCUAACGAGAUCUUUCAGAGCCAGGGCAUGCGCUGUCGAAGUAAGACGUUCCGGGCUGAAAGAAACAGCAAGAAUACAGCGUGCGUCCUGUCCAAAGCGAAGUCCGUACUGACGGAGACGCGUGAUAGGACGACUGCGGGCGGCUGCGAGUGCGCUCAGCUAGUGGAGACGGUACUCUACCCUAGAGUGAGACACUGGACCUGUGUAGGAGAUGUGCCCAGGACCUUUUACUACCUGGUGGAGAGCGCAGCCGCCUGUGUAUAUCUUCACAAUGAUGCCAGGGCAUUGGAGUAUCUGAGGAUGGCCAAGGCAAUUGUGGAGAAUCUCACAAAAGGGAAGCCUGCGUUUCCAUCAGCAGAUCCUGGAGCUGUGAAACUCUGUAAACUUCAGCAAGGGUUUAUGUAUCGGCUCACAGGAGAGGUUCUAUUUAGCGCAGGGGAAAUUUCAGAGGCAGAGGAGAGCUUUAGGAAAGCCUUGAAGGUCCUGAACUGCAGACUCCCUCGCAAUGCCGCCAUGCAGUUGCCGAUGUUGGUUUGGGAGACGAUGAAGAAAAGCCGCUUCCUAUCCAGACACUUCGAGAUCCCAGAGAAAAGGAAGCUAGCCCAUCUGCAGGAGUGCAUCUGUUGUCUCUCCUUCCUGUGGCAAAUCGGCUACAUGUGCGGCCAGUUCCAAAGCGCAAUGCUGGCCAUCACCAUGGAGAUCAACCUGGCCGUCCAGACCGCCGAUCCGUUCAAGAUCCUUUACACCGCCAUUGACUACCUCCAGUACAGGCAGCUUAUGAGCGGGGAGAGCGAGUGCAGGCAUCUGAAAGACUUCCUGUGCAGGACUUGCGCCAGCCUGUCGGACCACCCUGAUGGACCGAGGCUGAUCAGCCACUUGACUCGAAUCCUCACGUCGUCAAACUGUACACCGGGGACCUGGAGCAUUCCACUGAGUGCUGAAAGUAGAUCUCAAGGAAACAGGGCUGGUGACCGCUGCCCUAUACCAGUGGGGGAUGAGCAACCGACUCAGACUGACCAGAAGGGUUCGGAUAUUCUCGCUUCAUUUGCUCCUUUAGAGGUUCGAGUGAUUCAAGCCACAGCAGGUAACUCCCAAUGUUGAAGCUCAGUAAAGCUCCUCUGAGAAAUGCCUAGCUGAGACCUCGCUCAACACUGCUACAGGAGUGUAUGGGGGGUAUUGUUGGCUCAAAUUUAGCCUAUUACCCAAAAACACUUAAAAUUCAACAUAGAAGCCAAUACUCACAUCUACCUCUGAGCCCAGUUGGAGACAGAAAAAAUACACCAGCCGUGAGUGAGAAGAAGCAAGGGUCCAGCUUUAUUGUUCCGUUCCACCACACGAGAUCCACACCGAUGAGAAUUCUCAGAAGUGAUCCCAAUACCCUGAGCUUAAGCUCCAGUAUUUAUACUGUAUUUACACACUAAAUAACCCAUAUGUUUCAAGAAGACUAUGAUCUCACUACCAAUAGGGUUAAAAAGAGCUCAUUUACCUUACUCUUAUGUUCCAGAAAAGGGCUAUUUCACUUACACAUAGAAUUGAAACCAGGGGUUUUAAUUUACACAUAAAAUCAGAACCCAGGCAUUUCUAAUAACCCAGAAAAUAAAAACCCAGCGUUUUUAGUUACUCAGAGAAUCAGAAACCAGAGUUUUGAAUUACACAGAGAAUCGAAACCAGAGUUUUGAAUUACCCAGAGAAUCGAAACCAGAGAAUUUGAAUAACCCGUAAAAUAGAAAGUGGACAAGACUAAACAAUCUAGAGUGACCUUGGUCUUAUUGUUAUCUCGCGGGGGGGCAGCUUGACUCAGCCACCCUUAUAAAUGGCUCCUCAUGGUUCUUUCUUAAAAUUAAGGCCUUCCUUGCGAGCCUGCAUUUCUAGUUUAUAAUUUAUUUUCAUAUUAGCUCUAUAUCUCUAUUUUAUAUAUAGUUAUACUGCUUGAAAACACGGCUUACUGUACUUCCUACUUCAUAAUAUCAUUAUAUUACCCUUCUACUGUCCCACAUAUCCUAUUAUUCUGGUUUUUAUAAAGAGUAUAUAUAUUAUUAUUAUAAGAUAUUACCCUUAAAAUAUCUUAAUAUUCCUUUUUAUUAUUCUUAUAAAGUUAUUGUAGUAUGUGUGUGAGAGGGAGAGUGUGUGUGUGUGUGUUAUGUCUACUUGCCCGCCCUUGACUGUACGAGCGUGUGUGUGCGUGUGUGUGUGUGUAUUAGCACUCCUCAGCUCAGCUCAUAUAUCUCUUUUUGACUUUUUUGACUACUACUGCUCUUAAAGAUCUUUAAAGUGUAAUUCCAAUUCAAUAUUCAAUAUCAGUCAAUAUCCGCCUCACACUACUUCUGUGUGUCUUGGUGCCCGUCUUUUCUUCCUCUCCCCUUUGCUGGAUGCUAGGUCUCCCUUAUGUUUAUUUUAUGACAUUUUUUAUCCACAACAGUAUACACCACUUCAGCAGACUUGGCUCCCUAAUCCCACACUUCUUGGGUAAUCCCAAGUAUGGUUGCUACCUAACAUUGUAUUAAAACAUCUCAGCGUGUCACCAACUGAACUUAAUCUCAACCAAGACCUUAACGCUCAGCCCAAACAUCCUUUAAACACAUGCAGAUUUCAAUAAAGAUUCUUAAUGAUGUCUGUUUCUUGUCCAAAAAUAUACACUCAGCUUAGUCAAUUCCAAGUUUGCAAUUAUCCAGUCAGCCAAUCAUGUGGCAGCAGUGUAGUGUAGUAGGACACAGGUCAAGAGCCUCAGUUAAACUGCACAUCAAACAGAAUGAGAAAGAAUGUGAUUGCACUUCACCUGGUCUUUUUCCAAUCUUCAAAUUUCGUCUUGGAUCCCUGUUUUUGUCUGACAGGACCGGAGCUCGAAAAUCGAUCAAAGGUUGUUUAUGUUAACACAAAAGAAACUUAUAAAGCAAAACGGGACAACAUUAAACUUGAAGGCAUUCGGCAGACACUUUUAUCCAGAGCGACUACAGAAGUGCUUUGAAGUCUCUGUCACUGAAUACAUCCUGAUACUGGUUCACUAAGAAUAAGACAAAACACUCUGUUGGUGAGAUAAUAUAGUAAAUUUUUUAUAUUUUUGAUAUAAAGCGCUAAUUUACGCACUUCUUGAGGAGGUAAGUUCUUUCCACCACCUAGGUGCCAG